UGGGGUCCUUGCCUUGCUCAUUGCUAAUCCUCGUCCAGGGGGAAAGGUCAGUAGGGUCUUGGAGCCGAACUGCCCUGCGUCUCCCCGACAGCCAUGAACUGCAGCGAGAGCCAGAGGCUGCGAACCCUCCUGAGCUGCCUGCUGCUGGAGCUGCACCACCAGGGCAACGCCAGUGGCCUGGGCGCUGGCCUAGGACCGAACAGGGGCAUGGGGGUAGUGCCUGACACCUUCUUGGGCCGCGAGGUGACCAGUCCCAAGGGCGAUGACGCUUAUCUCUAUAUUCUGCUUAUCAUGAUCUUCUACGCGUGCAUGGCUGGAGGCCUCAUCCUGGCCUACACCCACUCCCAUAAGCUCAUCGAGGCCAAGGACCAAAUAUCCCAGGCCUGCCCCGGACACCAGUGGGCCACAGGAGGCGCCCUUGCCCCUAGGGAACUGCCCUCCUUUGCCCAGAGCACUGAGGGGGUCUAG